AUGACACCCUCAUCGUUACCACUAUUUUUUACGGUGGUAUUAGCCAAUGUUGUGUUCGGAAGACCUUCACAGACUCCUAGCCUUUCCACGCCAGGGGCCAAUGUUGUUGCUAAGGACAUUUUUAUCCUCGCCGGCCAAAGUAACAUGGCCGGACGAGGAGGAGUCCAUGGCGGCAAAUGGGAUGGUAACAUCCCACCCGGGUGCAAACCGCACCCUUCCAUCCUCCGAUUCAGUGCAAAGCACAAAUGGGAAGUCGCAAAGGAACCUCUUCAUGCUGACAUCGAUGUAAAGAAAAUCUGUGGGAUUGGACCAGGGAUGCCAUUUGCCAACGAGGUUCUAGCCAAUGUUUCGAAAACGAGGGUGGUGGGUCUGGUCCCUUGUGCCAUUGGAGGGACCAGAAUGACUAAAUGGGCUAGGGGCACACCCUUAUAUGCUCGGUUGGUUCAUCGAGCCAAUGAGUCAUUAAGGGAAGGUGGUGCCAUUAGAGGUCUGUUGUGGUUUCAUGGGGAGAGUGAUACUGAGAGCCGUAUCGAUGCUGAGGCAUACAAGGAUCGAAUGGAGACAUUCAUUAAUGAUUUGCGUUCCGAUCUCAACGUACCAAAUCUUCCAGUAAUUCAGGUGGUAACUCCAUCUGGUGAUAAAAAGUUCAUGGACACAGUGAGGAGAGCACAGAAAGAGGUCAAUCUCCCGGACGUCUGGUGGGUGGAUGCCCGUGGAUUGAACAUGAAAUCGGAUGAUCAUAUGCACCUGACCACCAUCUCUCAGGUCCACCUGGGUCGCAACAUGGCUCGUGUUUUUCUUGCUUCUUAUGGCCCAUCAUCGCCCCAUACCUAG